AGUAUCUUCUCGCAGUCGUUUCCAAAAUGUCAGCGGUCUGUCUGCUCUCAACGUGUUUAUAACGUGUUUACAUUCAAACGUGAACCUCAAACCUGCCACUCUAAAGUGAAGUCAUAAUUUAUAUUACCUUUACUUUUUUGUUCUUAGUUUUACCGAUAUUCAUCAUGGAUUCUCAAGGAAUGAAGAAUGCAAAAAAAAUACUGGAGAAACUUGGUUGGGCAGAAGGCAGUGGACUGGGUUUGAAUAAAGAUGGUAUUACAGAAGCCAUCAAACCAUCUAAAAAAUUUGACUUGUCAGGCAUUGGUCACAAAAAUUUCAACGACUUUCAAUGGUGGGAUCACGCGUUUAACAAAGCUGCUCAAGCUUUUGACAUCAAAGUAACAGAUGAUCAAGGAGUUGUUGUUGAAAAGACAGAGACAAUUGGAAAAAUCAAAACAAAAAAAGGCACCUCAAAUUUAGACCAGAAUAACUUAGCUUAUGGGGUCUUUCACAAGACUGGAACCUUACACAAUGGUAUAGUCGAAUCCACAGAAAGUACAUUCAAACUCAAAGAAGAAACUGAUUACUCCUUAAAGCUGAGUGAUGAAGAACUCUUUAAACUCUGCAAUGGAUUAACAGCCCACAAAGGAGCUAGACACGGACUCACAGCUAGUGGAAAACUAGCGCGAAUCGCCAAACAAGAAGCUGCGAUGCUGGCGAGCAUGAAUGUCGAUUCCACUACAAUUUCAGUUAAAUCAGAAGAAAGAAAGAAAAAGAAGAAAAAGUCUGUUGAAGUUAACAGUAAUGAGAAAAUUGAACAGACCACCUGCAUAGCUAAUGAAAUUGUUUCUGUGCCUCAUUCUGAUGACAUGAUAACUUCGAAUGAGAGAUCAACCAAAUCCAAGAAAAAGAAGAAGUCAAGAAAAGAAAUAGAUUGUGCAACUGAUGAGAUGAACAGUCAUGCAGAUAUCCAGGAUGCCCCUGAAACCAGCUGUCUCAUCAGCAAAAAAGAUGAGAAAAGGAAAAAGAAGAAAGAAGCUAAAAAUAGUGAAAUCCAAACUGAGCUUUUGGUGCCAGAGCCAGUUGAAGAACCCAUUGAAGAACCUCGCAAGAAAAGGAAGAAAGUGAAAACUAUUGAAAAUGAGACUGAACAACCUUUGUUAGAGGAAUCCAUCCAACAAACUUGUGAAGAACCUAAAAAGAAGAAGAAAAAGAAAAAUCGCGAUAAAUUUGACUGUUGAUGACAUUUAUUAGGAUCUUGAAAAAGACUAUUCAACAUACAAUUUCUACAACCUUUGCCUACAACUUGUUUUAAGUGGCAUUCGUUAAUACUGUGAGUUUCUUGUAACGAAUAUACCCGUUUGCGUUUUAACGCUCCACGCA